AGAAUACCUUGUUUGGGACUCAACAGUCUGCCACCGUUAAACUACCCCGAUUGGAAAACAAAGAUGGCUGCCAUCGUGAAGUCUCCGAAUGAUACACGUGAAUAUCGGGUGGUUACAUUGUCCAAUGGGUUGACUGCACUCCUGAUAUCUGAUUUGGCUAAACGGGGGCAAGGAGAUGAACAAAAUGGCGCAGCCGAAACAAACAGUGAAUGCAGGGCUUCUGACGACGAACGGUGUGAGAAUGAUGAGAUUGCAACAGAGGAAAUGGACGUUGGGUCCACCCCCGGGGACUGUACCAUUGGAUCAUCAGAGGUCCCUGAUGUGAACUCAGAUGCAUUGGAAGAUGGGUCCUUUCCAUUGUCCGAUGGGGGAGCAGAAGAGGAUGAGGAGGAGAUGAUGGAGGAGGAGGAAGAUUGUGAAGAUGAUGCUGAAGCUGAUGAAGACGCUGAAGCGAGAUCAGUGCGGAAGUCACAGUCCAAACAACCAAAGCUGGCAGCCGCAGCUCUAAGCAUUGGUAUCGGCAGCUUCUGUGAGCCAGAUGAUAUACCAGGACUGGCACACUUCCUUGAACAUAUGGUCUUCAUGGGAAGUGAGAAAUACCCAGAUGAGAAUUCUUUUGACGCCUUCAUCAGGACGCAUGGGGGUUCAGACAACGCCUCAACAGACUGCGAACGGACAACGUUCAUCUUUGAGGUUCACCAGCAGAGCUUCCGCGAGGGGCUGAUGCGCUUUGCCCAGUUCUUCACGGCACCCCUCCUAAAAGCCAGCAGCACGGACAGGGAGCUGGAGGCAGUAGACAGCGAAUUCCAGAUGAGUUUACCGAGUGACUACCAUCGCAAGCAGCAGCUGGUUGGGGCUAUGUGCAGAGAGGGUCACCCUAUGGGCAAGUUCAUGUGGGGUAAUUCCACCACCCUAAAGACACAGCCGUCUGCCAGAAAUAUCGAUGUCCAGCAGCGCUUAAUUGAGUUCAGAAAGCGAGUAUACUCAGCCCAGUAUAUGACUGUAGCUUUGCAAUCUAGAGAGACACUAGACACCUUAGAAGACUGGGUCCGAGAAUCUUUUUCAGACAUUCCAAAUAAUGGACAAAAGCGGCCAUCUUCUGAAUGUUGCGGUGAACCAUUUUCACAGGAGAAGUUGCACAAAUUGUACAAAGUUGUUCCUGUGCAGAAGGCCCACAUUCUGGAUAUCACAUGGUCAUUGGCCAAUCAGCGGCAACACUAUCGAUGUAAACCACUGAACUACCUGUCAUGGCUGAUCGGACACGAGGGACAUGGAAGCAUCCUAGCUCUGUUGAAAAAGAGGGCCCUUGCGCUGAGCCUCUUCAGCGGAAACUCAGACACUGGUUUUGAGCACAACGACACCCAUGCCAUGUAUGCCAUAUCCAUCACCUUGACUGACCAAGGCUUCAACCAAGUGAAGGAGGUGUUGGCCAUUGUUUUCCAGUACAUCAAAAUGCUGCAGACAAUAGGACCACAAGAAAGAAUAUUUCAAGAAAUCAAAACGAUUGAUGAUAAUGACUUCAGAUUCAAGGAGGAGACCGAACCCAUCGAGUAUGUGGAGAUGGUGGCAGAAAGCAUGCAGCUGUACCCUACAGAAGAAUGCCUCACAGGACCCUUGCUGCAGACAGAGUACAACCCACAGGCCAUUGCCCUGUGCACAGACCACCUGCAAGUCCACAAUGCUAAUUUCAUGCUGCUGUCCAAGCACUUUGAAGGCCAGUGCGACAGGAAGGAGCUGUGGUACCAGACCGACUACAGGGUGGAAGAUGUGCCUGAGGAAUGGAAAAACCUGAUUCAGAAUUUGGAAUUAAAUCCUGAGCUUCACCUUCCAGAACCAAAUAAAUUCAUAGCCACAAACUUUGACCUGAAGUCUCCAGACGUGCCAGACAGCGACUAUCCAGUCUGCAUCUUGGAUUGUGAGCAGAGCAAGCUGUGGUACAAGCGAGACACCAAGUUUAACUCACCCCGAGGUUACCUGAUCUUCCACCUGAUUACUCCCCUCGUCUACGCCUCCCCGGGGAAUCUUGUUCUCUUUGAUUUCCUGGCCUCCAUCUUGGAACACAACCUGUCAGAGAUUGGCUACGAGGCUGACGCCGCCCAGCUGGAGUACAGCUUCAAGACCGAAGAGACGGGACUGGUUAUGAAGAUGUACGGCUUCAAUCACAAGCUGCCGCUCUUGUUUGACACCAUACUGGACUACAUAGCCAACUUCUCAGUAACACAGGAACUGUUUGAUGCUGUCAAGGAAUCCAUGAUCAAAUCCUACUACAAUCACGUCAUCAAGCCAGGAAAACUCAACAACGAUGUGAGGUUAUCCAUCCUGCAGCAAGUCAAGUGGACGCCGGUGGACAAGCGCUCAGUGGUCAACGCAGUGGCUAGAGAGCAAGUCUUAGAGUUUGCCGUCCGGUUCAAGGAGUUGCUGUUUAUUGAAGGACUGGUGCAGGGAAACUUCACUGCCAAGGAAGCUCUUGGCUUCACGGAGUCCCUCAGCACCAAACUGGGCUGCACCCCCCUGCCCAAAGUGCAGAUGCCCAAGACCAGGGUCGUCCGGCUGCCCUCGGGGGGUCAGGUGUGCAAGGUCAAAGGAUACAAUGAGAAGGAUGCCAACUCGGUGGUGACCAACUACUACCAAGCUGGUCCUGGGACGAUCAGACGACUCAGUGUCAUCGAUGUACUUAUCACGAUGAUGGAGGAACCCUGUUUUGAUAUUUUGAGAACUCAGGAACAACUAGGGUACAGUGUGUAUCCAACCUGUCGCAACAGUUUCGGCAUCCUUGGGUUCUCUGUAACCGUGGCAACUCAAGCUACUAAAUUCAGUGUGUCUCAUGUCGAAGAACGCAUCGACUCGUUCCUUCAGAGUUUCCUCGGCAAGAUGCGGACCUCGUCCUCCAUGGAGAAAGACUUCAAGACCCAGGUGGAGUCCCUGAUCACUCUCAAGCAGUGCGUGGAUAACCACCUGGGGGAGGAGGUGGACCAAAACUGGUGGGAGGUCCUGAAUCACACCUACAUCUUUGAUCGGCUGAAACGAGAGGUUGAAGCUCUAAGAAGUGUCUCCCUACAAGAGGUCCAAGACUUUCUUUGCAAUCACAUCCAGGGAGGUGUCCACUUCCAGAAACUCAGUUCACAGGUUGUUGGGGUCGGGAAACUAGAGAGGCACAAUCAGAGCGUCACGGCAACGGAAACCAUGACAACAGUGGACGGAAUCACCAAUGAAACUGAGACGAACACAAGAACAAGUUUGGUGUUUUUGCCGCUCGACGAAACAGACAGCAAGAAAGUGGUUGACGCGAUAGAUUCUUUCAAAGCCAGUUUGACUGUAUACCCGGUCACCAAAAUAGACCACUGAUGAACGGUUUACCUUGUCCAAAUAAUUGGGACUUGUAAUAUAAGUGAUUAUAACACCUCACCCUCAGAUUCUGUGUCUUGAUUGGCCGAGAGAAAGUCACAUGGUACUUUCUAUUUUUGCUAUCUUUCAGUGCACGUCCAAAA